CUUAUUCAAAAAAAAUCAUAGUUAUUUUUAUUUUUACUAUGAUAUCAUCUACUCUAUAAUAUACUUUAAGUAUGGCUUUGAAAUUUUUAUUUUUCGUAAAUUUUUUAAAUAACAUGAGCCUGUCAAAUUUAACAAAAAAAAAGUCAAAUGAAUUAUAAAUUAGAACGGGCACUAAACAGCUUGAUCGAAACGGGGCCUAAACCAUUACAAGUAUUAGUUGGCUGAUUGGCUACUUAUAUCAGAACAGAAUUGGGAGGGCGCAGCUGCCACUUUGCCAGAAAUAGCUAGUGGAACGGCCACGACACCUCACGACGACGGGGAGGGCGAGUGCAUGAUGAGACAGCCAGACCCGCGCCCGCCAUGCAUGCGUCACCCGAGCAGCUUGCAAUCGCCAGCCACCCUUCUUCCUUCCUCCUCCUCCUCCCUCCUCCAUCCGCCUUGUCUCCGCCCUAGCUCCUCCGCAAUCUCCUGAUCGAGGCCGCCGCCGUCUCCGAGGUAAUAAACUCGUCCCGUCGAUCGCUCGCUCCAUCGAUCUUGCAACCAGCGCGGCGCUAAUGAAUCAGAUGACGCAUGCAUCCAUUAUGUCGUUCAGAACAAUUAUUCCCGAUCUGCAUGCACGUACCUCCAUCUCACCGGCUGGCCAUUAAUUAACGGACGUUGUGUUGACGGUGGAUCGCUCAGGCCGCCGGCGCUAGCUGCAGGGCCGCGCGCUCGGCAGAUUAGUUCCACAUGUCGUCCGCAGCCGUGUCGGGCAGCGGCGGCGCCGCCGCCGCGGCGGACGGCGGCGUGGAGGGCGCGCCGGCGCUGUCGGCGUCGGCGUCGCGCACGUCGUCGCUGCGGCACCGCGCGAUGAGCGCGUCGUCGAAGCUGCUGCGGAGCUCGCUGAGCCGCAAGUCGAUGGGGCGGCGCAGCAGCAAGGUGAUGUCGGUGUCGAUCGAGGACGUGCGCGACGCGGAGGAUAUGAAGCAGGUGGACGCGUUCCGGCAGACGCUGGUGCUGGAGGAGCUGCUGCCGGCCCGCCACGACGACUACCACAUGAUGCUCCGGUUCCUGCGCGCGCGCAAGUUCGACAUCGAGAAGUCGAAGCAGAUGUGGUCGGACAUGCUGCAGUGGCGCAAGGAGUUCGGCGCCGACACCAUCAUCGACGAGUUCGUGUUCGAGGAGAUGGACCAGGUGCUGGAGCACUACCCGCAGGGCCACCACGGCGUGGACAAGGACGGCCGGCCCGUGUACAUGGAGAAGCUGGGGCAGAUCGACACCACCAAGCUGCUGCAGGUCACCAGCAUGGACCGCUACGUGCAGUACCACGUGAGGGAGUUCGAGCGCGCCUUCGCCGUCAAGUUCCCCGCCUGCUCCAUCUCCGCCAAGAAGCACGUCGACCAGAGCACCACCAUCCUUGACGUCUCCGGCGUGGUCCGUGUCCCGAGUCUCCACCACCAUCCGUCUCUUGCUGCUCGCUGCUGCUUGAUGCUUUCUUCUCAUCCAUGGCGUGCGCCAUUGUUGCCCAGGGGUACAAGAACUUCAACAAGGCCGCGAGGGACCUCAUCGGACGCCUCCAGAAGAUCGACGGAGACAACUACCCUGAGGUACCACACUGCAUGUCCUGUUCGAUCGUCCAGUGAACUUGUUCGUCCAAGCAACUGCAACAAGUGCAGCCUUCUGCUACAUGCUCGCCCUGUGCAGACGCUGUGCCGGAUGUUCAUCAUCAACGCGGGGCAAGGGUUCAGGCUUCUCUGGAACACCGUCAAGUCGUUCCUGGACCCCAAGACCACGGCCAAGAUCCAUGUCCUUGGCAACAAGUACCAGAGCAAGCUCCUGGAAGUGAUCGAUGCCAGCGAGCUGCCCGAGUUCUUCGGCGGCACUUGCAACUGCGAGGGCGGCUGCAUGCGCUCCGACAAAGGGCCAUGGAAGGACCCUGAGAUCCUCAAGAUGGUCCAAUGCGGCAUGGGGAGAUGCGGGAUGAACAGCGGGGACCCUCGCGACGCCGACGAGAAGCUCAUCACCGAGGACGAAAUAGUGCCCGUUCCCAAGAAGCAAGACUCCAUGCGCCGCAACGCCGUGGAUUCCCCCAAGGUGGCGCGCGAGAAGAUCGAGCACCCGCAGAUGUCCCCGCUCCACGAGAUGAAGACCGCCAGCGACCCGGACCCUGCCGCCAAGGACAGCUUCGACGGCGGCGGGCUGUUCCCCGGCGUGGACAGGGGCAUGGACUUCAACUGGAGCGGCGAGGUGAGCGAGGAGAAGCUGCAGAUCGCGCGGGACAUGUACGCGCAGCUGCCGGACGCGUACAAGCAGGGGGACGCGGGAGACCGGCAGGUGGUGUCGGGGUUCAUGGCGCUGGUGAUGGGCGUGGUGGCCAUGUUCCGGGUGGGCAAGAUCGCGCCGAAGCGGGCCAUGGACGCGGCCAUGGGCAUCGCCACCAUGGAGGCCAUGGCCAAGAAGACGCGGCAGAUGCAGAUGCAGCAGCAGCUGCAGCUGGGCGGGCCCGACGCCGUCGUGGUGUCGGCGGCGCAGUACCAGGCGCUGGUCAAGCGCGUGGACGACCUGGAGGCCAAGGUGGCGGCGCUGGCGUCGGGCCCGCCCGAGGUGCCGCCCGAGCUGGAGGAGUCGAUCAAGGCCGCCGCCGCCCGCGUCGACGCGCUCGAGACGGAGCUCGACGCCACCAAGAAGCUACUCGAGACGUCGUCCGCCCAGCAGGAGGAGGUCCUGGCGUACAUCGAGAAGAAGAAGAAGAAGCGAGGGAUGUUUUGCCUCCAACAGCAGAACCCGUUCCGAUGGUGACGCGCCAGGGGGGGAAGGGCGAUGGCGCGGUGCAUGAUCCAGUGAUCAGGCGGCCCUUGGACCCCCAAUACGUAUGCAUCCUCGUGUAGUCGUGAGACUGUGUCAGUGUUCUUCUCCACUCAUAUACCUGUGUCUGUCUGUCUCUGAAUAUAUAAUUUCCUCCAGAUUUUUUUCUUAUAGAAAGCCAAUCUUUUGUUCCAAGGACAUUCAUAGGAAAUGAGAUUUCAAUCCUCUGUAACUACAUUUCCCUUCCGAACGAAGGGGGCCUAAGCCUCUCGUUGUCCUGCUGUAACAAGCAAAUCAAUUGUAUCUUGACUGCGCUAUAAUAACAACCAAAUGCAGACAAGAAACAGGGGGGCCAAGCCGCUCGUUGUCCUGAUGUAA